AUGCAAAAAACAUACAUCCGGCUCUUCCUGUUAGCCCUACAGCUGCCCGAAAUCGCGACGGCAUGCCUUUUUCAUGCAGCCGGCGCUACUGAGGUUGAUGCUUACAAAACCAUCAAUAAUGAGCGUCGUUCCCUCCCUACCGAGGCCGAAAGGACAGCCAUCCAAGAUGUGCGUGUCUUUGAUGGCUCGAAGUUCAGUCUCCCGCAAACGGUUUGCUUGGAUGGUGGCUACAUCGUCAACUUGAACGGCUGUCACACUUCCUCGGAAAUGAUCAACGGAACGGGAAAAUUCCUCAUCCCAGGCCUCAUUGAGAGCCACACGCAUCUCAAUGACGUGCAGUCACUCGAAAGCAUCACUUCCUAUGGGGUGACUACUGUCCACCAGAUGAACUGCAGAAACACUACACGAUGUGACUCGAUGAAAAACCAACCCGGGCUUGCCUCCUUCUUCCGCGCUGGAAUGUCAGCUGUUGGCAGCGGUAGCAUGCACGAGAAGCAGGAUCCGACCCGGCCUAAGGAUACACUUAUAUACCCCGACACGAAUGUGACACAGUUUACCGAGUGGCAGUUCAGAAAUGGAAGUGACUUCCACAAGAUCACUGCGGAGGCCAACGGACCUUCGCUGGAGCAACAGAUCGAAAUGGUUCAGACCGCCCACUCCCAAUACCAAAGGCAGACCAUGACCCAUGCCUCUUCGAUAAUGGCAUACCAGCAAGCGGCAGGCUCGUUAACCGAUGGUAUUCAGCAUAUUCCCGAUGACGGUAUAUUGGAUGCUUCGACAAUUCGCAAGAUUAGGGAUCAAAAUCAGUUUGUCACGCCUACUCUAAAUGUGUUUGAAUAUGCCUAUAAGGACCCGGUCCUUCAGCUUUUCUUUGGUAUAGAGCCAGGAAGCAACCGUAGUCUGGAGAACGCAGAAACGAAUAGCCGUCUGUUGUACCAGGGCGGUGUUACCAUUGUUGCUGGCACCGAUGCAGUUGGCUCCAUGAGCGUGAACGGCACAGAAGCCACUGUUCCGUUUGGACUGACGCUUCACUAUGAGCUUCAAAAUUUCGUCAAUAUUGUUGGAAUGUCUCCUGCGGAGGCCAUCAACGCUGCUACUAGGGUUGCUGCGAAAUGGCAAAGGAUCCCCGACCGAGGUAGUAUAGAGGUGGGAAAGCGAGCUGAUUUGGUUAUGCUUAACUCCAACCCGCUUCUCAAUAUUAGCAAUACUCUGGACAUUGAAAAAUCUUGGGUGGCGGGUGUUGAGGUAUCUUAUAUUACAAAACUAUCAACCUAG